AUGUCCAACGAGUACAUCGCCUUCUACACCAAUACCAACAAGACCAGCCCUUGGGCUCAUCGCGUUGAGAUCGCCUUUGCCGAGGCAGGCGUCGAGCCUGCUGUAGGCAUCAUCUCGCUGCAGGACAAACCCGAGUGGUUUACCUCUGUCGUCAACCCGGUCACGAAGCAAAUCCCAGCCAUUGCCUAUGGUGGACCCAAGGUCCCCGCUGACCAGCCGUCGCAGGAAUCGGUCAAGCUUACCGAGUCCAUCGUCCUUCUCGAGUUCCUCGCCGACAUUUACCCAUCCGCCAAUCUCCUCCCAAAGGAUCCCGUGCAGCGCGCCAAGGCCCGCUUCUUCAUCGAGAAGGUGAACAGCACGCUCAAGCCGGCGUGGUCUGAGUUCCAGGCGCGCAAGGGUCCUAAGGACGCGUUCCUCACCGCGCUCGAGGCUGUGCAGGCGCUGCUUCCCCAGUCCGGUUUCGCGAUCGGAGAGUGGUCGAUCGCGGAUGCAUCAGUUGCGCCUAUCCUUGGUCGGGUGGAGGUAGCGCUGCGUGAGGAUAUAGGCUCGUGGGCAGCGGGUGAGGGGCCGGCAACAUACAAGGAGGUCUUCGAGGGUCAGAAGUUCGCACGUUUGGUGAAGUACUGGCGUGACAAUCAGGCGAGGGAGAGCUGGAAGAAGUCAUUCAACGAGGCCGGUUAUAUCGAGGUCAUGAAGAGGAGAUUCGGGCGUUCGUGA